GAAAGUCUUGAAUGUGACUUGGAGCGCAGUGAGUGGAGACCAUGUCCGCCGUCACAGGCAAACUGGACUUACCUCCACUGUCGUUCCCAAUUCCGUCUCCAUGAAAUAACACGAACGCGGGGCCUCAGGAAUGGCCAACUCGGGUGCCGUUCAGGUGAAACUCGAACUCGGCCACCGCGCCCAGUUCCGAAAGAAACCCACGGUGGAAGGCUUCACCCACGACUGGAUGGUGUUCGUCCGAGGACCAGAGCACAGCAACAUUCAGCACUUUGUGGAGAAGGUCGUCUUUCACUUGCACGAGAGCUUCCCGAAACCAAAAAGAGUUUGCAAGGAUCCACCAUACAAAGUGGAGGAGUCUGGAUACGCCGGCUUCAUCUUGCCUAUUGAAGUUUACUUCAGGAAUAAGGAAGAGCCGAAGAAAGUCCGCUUCGACUACGACCUUUUCCUCCACCUGGAGGGCCACCCGCCUGUCAAUCAUCUCCGUUGCGAGAAACUCACGUUCAACAAUCCUACAGAAGAGUUUCGGCGCAAACUACUGCGUGCCGGAGGGCAACGGGAUCCGCACAAACCCACCUCGGAGGACUCAAAAGUGAUGGUAAUGCAGGAGGGCUCAACAUCCUUGUUUGGGCCGCACAUGAAGCUCCCUACGCUUCCCAAUAGUUCCUUGGCGUCCACUUUCUCCGACCCCAGGAAGAGCAAAAACUCCCACGUGCCCAAGGACGGCUCCAAAGGAAGCGGUACGACCCUUCUCACGACGGCCACAACCACCAGCACCAACACCACCAGCUUCUCCAAACUCCACAAGCCUUCCAAGGACCACAAAGACAAGCCGCCAAAAGACUUGAAAGAGACCAAAAGUGCCUUCAGAGACUCGUGCUGGGAGUCCAGCAAAGCCCUGAAAGAACCUUCCAGAAAACCCAAAGAGAACCAGCCACUUCGAAAUAGCAAUCCUAAAAUGGGAUUCAAGGAACCCAAGUCUUUAUCUCAUCGGAGCGAGGUGUCCAACCACGAGUCGAACAAGCGCCUGUCUGCGCCCGACGGGGAUCAUCACGUAACCAAAAAACGCAAAAGGGGAUUGGUGGAUUUGUCUGGGAAGCAGACAUCCGGGUCAGAUGCUCAACAUUCCCAUAAGAAAAUACUGAAGGACAGGCCGCAGAUGCAAAGCAGUAAAUUGCAUCCAGAGAGUGAUGAAGCGGCGCACCGGAAGGCAUCGGCGCUUCCGCCAUUCCACGAAUUGGUGCACCCCAACGAUUCCGACAUGGAGUCCACCAAGUCAGACUUGGAACAGCCCAGUCCGGCAAGUUCCAGCUCCAGCUCAGGCUUUGCUCCCACACACCACAAACGCCAAGUACUUGGCCCGCUGCAGUCGGUGAUGCAGGAUCUGCACUCAGACGACCACGGCGACGAUUCCGAUGACGACGAUGACCUCGACUUGGAUUCCGACGCCGAACGGCCGGCGCACACCCACCUCGCACACCACCAACGCAGGGUCAGUUUGAGUGACGGCAGUGAGAGUGACAGCUCUGCCCCUUCGCCGCCUUCACGCAAUGAUGUCCCGGGCUUGUUAAAGACUACAAAUAACCAGAUACUGGAGGUGAAGAGUCCCAACAAGCAGAGCAAGCAGGACAAAAACAAAAAUCUAGAUUGUGACAAGGCUUACCUCGACGAGCUGGUGGAACUGCACAAAAGACUGAUGACCUUAAGAGAAGGUCACAUACUGCAACAGAUUGUGAACCUCAUCGAAGAGACGGGCCACUUCCACAUCACAAACACUACUUUUGACUUUGACCUGUGCUCCUUGGACAGAAGUACAGUAAGGAAACUCCAGAGUUACCUGGAAACUUCCGGACUGUCCUGAAGUUCUGAGCAGCCGCCGGCUUAAUUUGUCAACAUAUGAUUGGGGGGGGGGGGGGGGGGGGGGGUAAUAUUGGAUGAAAUGCAAAAAGUGAAAAAGGGGGGUUGGGGUUGUCAACCAAUCGGAACACCUGCAAAGCCUUGAAAACUUCGCUUCCCCUCCAAAAAAUGUGGUGGAGUUAUGACCUUUUUGCUCUUAAUGAAUGUGUGCGCGCUGAUAGUUGCCAUGUACGUGUGUCUCGAUUUAUUGUUCUAUUUGACAAAUGUGUGUUCAACAUUGCCUUACAACGCUGUAGAGUCUUAUUUAUUGAAUUUGAAUUUGCCUGUGUGUGAGCGUGCGUGUGUGCGUGUGUGUAUGUUUUGCAAAUAGUGAAACAAAGAAAAGGACUAUUUAAGCACUUCACGGCAGGCAUUUCACAAUAGUUUGUGUGGCAGUGAAAUCAUGUAAAUGGAAUCAAGACUACAAAAUACAAUCCCCGGCACAUGCUAACAGUACUGCGGCUCAACAAGCAAUCCUAAAGUUUCAAUAAAUAUAUGCAAACGGGCGGCCCUCGGACACCCUGCGAAGUCCAGCUGUUUGUUCGACGACUGAAGUCAAAGUUCCGGGUCCAUUUCAGGUGAAGAAAACGCAAUAUCAUUAGUUUCAACUGUUAUUUUCCUGAGCCCGGUUGAGAAAAGGCACAUAUUCUUACAUUACAAAAGAAAUCUCGCAGCACACCACCAAAAACCCCCCCAAAAAAGAAAAAGUCCCAAAAAGUGAUUGGAAGGAAGAACAUUUAAUUUUGUCUGUCCACUACGCGUCGCUGGCAUUGAUAGAUGAACAAAGAAAAACAUUAUAUGGAAUGAAUAAAAAAAAAUAUUGGAUAAUUGUCUGUGCCGCUCAGGUUGUGAAUCACUGGUUUAAACUUUGUCUAUAAUACAAUCCGAUUUAAUGGAGACUUUUCACAAUUUAGAAAAGUGGGCAGGUGUCUUACCAGCAUGUCUGUGACAUGCUUUCAGCAAAAUACACCAAGAAUCAAGAAUUAUUGCACAAUUUAUACAGCCUAUUUCUUGUCUCGCUGAAAUCAGCCCGAUCCUGCGCCAUCCCCUGCUGGGCCAGCGGCAAGUUCGGCUUUCAUUACCAUGGUGACCAGUGGGCUGGAUCUCGCCGGUGAGCGUCCCUAAAGAAAAUGAAAGCAUUUUCAAUCAUAUGUCCCCCUUUGAGGCAAACAUGAAAAAUGUGUAAGUGUCGAACAAAAACAAAAAAAGAACUCCACUGGAAUGCAUUGGAUAAAAACUACUGUUCCGGUGUGUGUGAUUAAAAUGUUAUUUAUUUUUGUUGGUGGACUCAAAGCUCAGCGUAAAAGGACAAAUGUUUUUUUGGUGUUUUGAAUUUGUAAGCGGAUGUGUGAAAUGUACGUCUCGGACGGCGGUAACACUCACGAGGCCUUCUUCUGGUUUCUUGUGCAUUUUGAGGACGUAUAAUAAAUGCUCUGUAUAGUGUACAGAUGAGAUGAACAACUUGUUGAUUGAUUUUUGUUUGUUCUUACCUUGAAUCUGUUACAAACUAAAAUUGUUUCAUUUUGCCUGUGCCCCGCAGUUCUUGGGGAAAUGGAAUAAUGGUUCUAAAUCGUCUACCUCCUGACAGUGUUGGGAUUACGGUGGGGCGGAGAGUUGUCUUUGCAAUAGUAAACCUGUCAAGUUACCACCAUGGCUGACACAAAGUCCCAGCUGUGAAAACUUUGUGAAACAUAAUACUGAAGCUGUUUCUUUACCGAGAACCACCGCUGGAAGUGGUCCAAUUUUUUUGUUUUUGUUUUUGUUUUAUUAUUUAUUCUUGGAAUCACACUAGCUUUUAUCAGAUGCCACUUCACUCAUCUUUGUGCAUGCCUACACUUUAUUGAAUGUUAAGAAUGUCUUUUGUGUAGGAGUCCCGAGGUAGUCCUGUUGAUUGACAGUAAUCCCCCCUAAUUUGCUGUUGUUUGAAAAAAAACUCACCUGCAGUGGUUAGAAAAAGUCUCCACACCCCUGUUCUAAUGGUAGAAUUUUGUCAUCUCAAAAUAUUUACACCAAGAUAAAUCAUUUCAAAACUUUGCGCAAUUAAUCUGAUUUCUAACCUGUACAUGUCAAUUGAAAAAAUAUAUUUUUGAGAGGGGAGUUAAUGUGGUUGGAAAAGUGUGCACACCCUCUAAUGAAUUGAAUGUGUUCAGAAUCACAAUCACAUUCAAACUCAUAUAUAUGUCACAAAAUCCUGGCAUUUGUACAGGGGUCUGUAGACUUUUUGUAUUCACUGCACACCUGUACAGUACCUCAGACCUAAUGACCACUUGACAAAAGCUGGUUUCAUCCCAAUGUUUUGUUUAAGUAGAUUCUGUCACAAUUCUGUCUUGUGCUCUUUCUU